AGAGAACACACCGUGAAUAAACCGACUGGAGUGGGUCUGUUUUUGUUUUUUUUUAUCUACCAAGUACUGAACAGCUACUUUAUAUACUGCAACAGGUUUUUACAGGAGGGAUACAGAAUGAGAAGAAAGUGAGCUCCAAAUAAAUAAAGAGGUGAAGGCUAGUCAUGACAGUGUCUCAGCUUUGGCCUUUAUGCAACUUGCCAGCAUCUUCGAAAACAGAUAGAGAAGACGAGGAAAGGAGAAGAGGCAGAAAAAAAAAUUAAUUGUGCAACGAAAGUAGCAGAAUAGUCAUGAAUGACAUGGAAGAAGACAAAAACCCCGAAGAAGACGAGAGGAAAAGGCAUUCAAAGGUAUUACAGGAAAAUUACCAGCUAAUGGAAAAAUCUGACAGUUGUAAUGCUCUGCAUUUUCCCAUGGAUGAUGAUGAUGAUGAUUAUUAUGAUGAUGAUGAUGGUGAUGAUGACGAUGACAAGCAGCAGUUUGGGAAGACAUCGUUUGUUAGUGAUAAUGAUGAUGAUGAUGAUGAUGAUGAUGAUGAUGAUGAUGAUGAUGAUGAUAGCGAAACCACUGAAGAAUAUGAAGAAUUUCCAGAAAAGUUAUACUGUCACCCAGCCUUCCCAAACAGUUUUUUCCAAGCUUUGGAAGAAAUGAGACAAUUGUCCUUCCUCACUGAUCUCAAUGUAAGAACUCAAAACGAAGUUCAUUUCCAUGCUCACUCUUUAGUCCUGGCUGCCCUGAGCUCCCUCAUUCAGCAGAUGCUCAUACAAGCAAAUGAACAGAAAAAGAGAGAGAUAUAUUUAUGUGUUGAUCCUGAGGUAUCUGACUUGGGCCUAAAUGCAGUGUUGGAGUUUGCCUACACUGGAACCAUCUCUGAUUUGAACAGAGGAUGUUUAGCUGAAAUUCAAGCUGCUGCUCUAUAUCUGGGAGUUCCCAGGGUUGUGGAGCUCUGCAAAGAAGAAGCUGAAAGAGAGAGAAAGAAAGACGGAGAGAGGAAGACAGAAGACAGUCGAAUGUCUGCUGAAGAACAGAAGAAGGUCAGCUUGCAGUCCAUCAGGCAGCUGUGGGAAGAGAGAGUGGGCUGUGAUGUGGAGGUGGAGGCAGAAGGAAGAAUAUUUUGUGCACACAGGGUAAUUCUGAGCGCCAGCAGCGAUUACUUCCGUGCCAUGUUCAGCAGUGGUAUGAAGGAGACCCACCAGACCUCAGUGUCCCUGCUACUAAUUGGGGCACUUGAACUAGAAGCCCUUCUUCACUGCUGCUACAGUGGACAUCUGUUUCUUGAUUGGGGCUGUGUUUUUGAGCUCACCUCCACCUCUCUUCAGUUCCAAUUUCAACCUGCUUUAUCGCUCUGCCUCAACUUUAUGCAGGAGGAAAUGGAUGCAUACAUAUGUCUGGACGUAGUUGCUUUUGCCGAGGCUUAUGAAAUGAGUGACUUACUGGAAAUGGCGGAAGAAUUUAUGCUUAGGCAUUUUGAGGAUGUAGCAGCCACUGUGAAAUUUCAGGACCUGUCUGUGGAAAAGCUGAAGAAAUAUCUACAUAGCAACUGCCUCUGCGUAACAUCAGAGUUGUCUGUUUUCAGAGCUGUCGUAUCUUGGAUUGAGGCCGAUCCGAAGACUAGGGUGAAAGAAGCCAGGGAUCUAAUGAGAACUGUCCUAUUUCCUCUCAUGACCUUUACAGAAUUUAGGGAAGUGAAGGUUAUAAUGUCAUGGCCACAAGUCAGCAAUAGGGAUCUUUAUGAGUCUCUGUUUGAAGAGUUCUGCACCAGUACCUUUAAUUCACAUUCAGACUUUAGGACCUACCUUCCUAAAGAAUCAUUGGUGCUUGUUGGAGGUGAAAGGAUCACUGAAAACCUUGAUAAACGCUUACCAUGUAGGGAAAUAUGGUUCAGCAACUCUUUCCGUAACCACGUUGGCCUAAUGAAAAGAGUUGAAUGGAGAAAAUUGGGAGAUUUACCAGAGAAGCCAAGAUUUUGUCAUAGUGUUAGAGUAAUAGCUGGGAAACUAUAUGUAGUUGGUGGUCGACAUUAUUAUGGAAAGGAAGACAUUAUGAAAUGCACCUAUAGGUACGAUCCAAUCCAAAAUAGAUGGCAAAGGUUGGCUGAUAUGAAUGAAAGAAGGGGCAACUUUGCUCUUGUGGUUUUGGAUGGAAAUAUGUUUGCAAUAGGUGGAGUCAAAGAUUCUGAGUUCAACACAGAAAGUGUCGAAGUCUACUCUCCUGUUACAGAUACUUGGAGCUUUGUUCACCCUCUGGACCAAUCCUUAAGUGCUCAUGCUGCCAGUGUAUGGAAUGAAAGGAUUUUCAUCUCAGGAGGCUUUGACAGUAGAUUCCGGUGCCUGUCAUCCAUGUUGGUCUACCAUCCUGAGAAAGGCUCCACAUACCUUGUAGAUAUGACACAGAAUCGAGCCCAGCACUGCAUGGAGACUUUGAAUGACUGCUUGUAUGUAGCUGGUGGAGUCUCAGGUGUGGGUGGACAGUUACUUGACCAGCUAGCCUGUGAGUCCUUUGAUCCAGUUAACGGAUGCUGGUGUGCCAUUACACCCAUGUCUUUGCCUCAUGUUGGUGCAGCAUCUGCAGUGUUGGAAGGAAAGAUUUAUAUCAUUGGUGGCUAUUGCCAUGAAGACUAUAGCGACACAAAAGUGGUCCAUAGGUUUGAUCCUUUAAUGCAACUCUGGGAGAACUUGAGUGGAACCCCUGGCUCUAACACGUAUAUUGCUGCUUGUGUACUGGCUUUACCUCAUCACCUUAGAGAAUGAAGAUGUUUGCUUUCAUUUGCUCUUUAACUUACUGUGGUUUGUAUAUAGAAAUAUAGACUGUCAUGUAAGAUUUUCUCCAACCAGUUAUCACCAAGCACAUACUUGAAUAUAAUAUAUUUAAUGUAACUUUUUUGAUGUUACCAUCUUUAUACAAUCCCUAUAUGCACACCCAAUAAUUCUCUAAUUUAAACACUUUCAUAUUUUCACAAUUAUAGAUAUAUACAAUGGUACAUCACAAUGGCACAUCUUGUAAAUGCAUAUUUUAUGCAUUUACAAAAUGCAUUUAUGCAUUUAUGCAUUUUUAUAAAAAUAUGUCUAAUUUUUUUUUGUGCAUUUACUCAAAUACGGUCUUGUGAUGUCAAGUGAUUAAGCUAUUUUGUCAUAUAAGGUAGACUGGUGUGGGAUGUUGGCACCCACUGUUGGUAACUGGUCAUGGUUUAACCUUACAGACUGAAGCUGAAUCUUUAUUGAUCAUCUUAAUAUGGAUAAUCAAUAUUCCUAAUGAGCGAGUCAAAGGUAAUGGUUGUAAGGAAAAACUCUCUGAAAAGUGCAAUUGUGUAACCAAGAUCUUUUAAGCAAUUUGAGAAUCAGCAGAAUUUCUGAAUUCAUUCUAGUUUUAACAUGAAGUCUUUAAAGUUAUGAACUGUUUACUGAUGGAGACUUGAGUGAAAAACUGAUCUUGACAAUUGCAGUCCAAAUUCAUCACCAUAGUUUCUAAGCAAUCCCGUGUAUUUUCAGCCUGUCUAUGUUGGGACUAUCCUCGUCAGCAGUAAACCGCUUGGCUAGGGUUGUAGUGUAUCUUGAACUUGCGAACACUACAGUAGGUGUUAGGUAGAAAUAUAUUCUGGAAGUGACACUCAAUCACAGUUUACAGUUUAUCUACUGUGGCACUUGGGUCUGCAGAGGGCUGAACACAGACAUGUUAGAGGAGUGGAUAAUAUCAAACACAGUAGCUUUAUUUAACAACAGAUAUAGCCGUGUUCAGUCCUCAAAGAUAACUGAGUCAGUAAGAUAACUAAGAGAAACAUACAUUUAGUCAGUAAGAUAAUAAAAAUAAUGUCAAGAAAACCCAGAGAAGUGUCUAGUCCUUUGUAUGAUCCUCCCGGCGAAGGCUUCCAUUAGCCAGUGGGAGUGUGCAGCUUACAAGGUGUCGGUGGGCUUCAGUAAAGUGGCUGCAGAGUGGCGUGACCCAGAGACAGGCAUUCAUCAGCAAGGUGAAUCCGUUGGCCCUCAUCAUCCAUCGUCCCAGCGGGACACUAAAUUAGGUUUGCCGGCCUAAAGCGCUUACCUGUUUGGGAGUGCUGCACCCAGCACGGCUGAACUGCUCUCCUUUGGAGGGUGAGGAGUUUGUAGCUGUCCUAUGAUUGGCCACAAGGAUUUUGCCAUGCUUUUCCCACCCCCGCCUUGCUCCAGCGUGCACACUUGCCAUACAUAACAAAUGUGGUCAUGAACUGUCACUGUCCGUUCAGCCCCACCACAGUAGUAGUGCCUCCUGGCCCAUUUUAUAAUGAGCAUCUCCUGCUGCACAGUGGUGUAUUUCUCCUCCGCUGGUUUCAGCUUUUGGCUUAUGUAUAGGACCGGGUGUUCUUCACCCUCGAAGAGCUGAGACAGUCCCAAGUCCGGUCAUAGAUUCCUCCGUCUGGAAAGGAUGAGGCUGCUCAUGAGGUCUUUCUUCAACUCCUUGAAGGUGCACGCCUCCACCUCUGUCCAGUGCACUCGGUCCGGUUGUCCCUUCCUUCUGAGAUUUGAGAGGGGAAGGCUAUAGAAGAGAGGCUAGGGACAAACAUUCUGUAGUAUCCAGCCAGCCCUAGGAACGUUUCUGUUUCUUUUUCCGUGGUUGUGGAUAGAAGCACAAGGCUUUUAAUUUCUUCUCAGCUACUGUGCCUCCAGCUGGCACUUCCUGGGGUUGGCCAUAACUUUCUGGAGGUCCCCCAGAAUCUCUCUGAGAUGGAGUAAAUAGACUGUCCAGGUGGUGGAGUGGAUUAUGUGGACGUCAAGUUAUGUUGCUGCAAAGGAUUGAUGAGGCUGCAGAUAUCCAUAACCUAUGGAACAUUGCUGGUGCCCCAUGGAGGCCAAAUGGGUGAACCCGGAACUGGCAGUGACUUGGGGCGAUGCUGAACCCCAUUUUUUCUUUUGCUCCCAUGGCCAGGGCCACCUGCUAGUAUCCCUGACCUGUUUGAAGCUCCGGUAGUUGUACAGCUGGUCCUCUGCCAUCAGUUUCAUGAGUAGGCUCCUGAGGGCUUGUUCGGGCCCUGGGAGAGGAGUGGCAGUGCCAAUGGAGAGCUGUUUAAUUGUCUUGAGUUCUAUGGUGGCCAUUUGCAUGCGGUGGGCCAGCUCUUGGUUCACUGCCUGCUGUUGAAAGCUUGCUUCCCUGAGAUGUUUAAGUACUUGCUCCAAUUUUUUUUUCCAUUUUUUCUUUUUUUUUUCUCUCUCACAGACUGGCUGAACACAGAGACAGAGUGGAGUGGAUAAUAUCAAACACAGGAGCUUUAUUUAACAACAGAAAUAGCCGUGUUCAGGAAAAAAUAGCAUUUAAAGGAGUACUCAAUGAUAACUGAGUCAGUAACAUAACAUAAGAAUAAUAUACAGAGAAGAGUCCACUCCUUUGUAUGAUGCUCCCAGCGAAGGCAUCCUUUAGCCAUAGGGAGGGGCAGUGCAGCUUACGAGACAACAGCUGCCUUCAGUGAAACGGCAGCAGAGCGACAUGACCAGAAGACAGGCAGUCAUUAGCAAGGUGAAUCCAUUGGCCUUGAUCAUCCGUUGUCCCAGAGGGACAAUUUGAAAAAGCACAGCAGAGACACUCAAUUAGGUUUGCUGGCCUAAGCCUCUAACCUGUUUGGGAGCACUGCACCCAGCAUGGCUGAAAUGCUUCUCUUUGUGAGAGCGAGGACUUUGUAGCUGUGCUCUGAUUGGCUGCAAGGAUUUUACCACGCAUUUUCCGCCCCGCCUCGACACCGAAUGCAUGCUGGCUAUCCAUAACAAAUCUUGUGCUGAACUGUGGCUGUCUGUUUUCUGUUUUGUGGAGGUGUUUGUGUUUCUGUGCAGGAUAAACCCUGAUUGGUUCCUGAGGUUUACCUGGUGCCAUGCCCUGCUGGUCAGCUGACUCCCUCUGGCCUAUAAAAGCCUCCACCACCACUUCCUGUUUAGCUUUUUUUUUUUUUUUUUGGCUCAUUUGCUGUGGUUACUUGCGUUCUGCAAACUAUUUUUGUGAAUUGUUCUGUGUAUUUAUAUUCUUAGCAUUCCCUGUUAAUACUGUCUCCUGUCUGUUCUUUUGACUUUGAUUCUGGAUUGCCCUUGUUUGGACUUGUUUGCUAAUCUGUAUAUAGUUGUACAUAGUAUUCUUGGGGAGGUAGGGAGACCAAUGCCAUUUUGUUUGGUACUUUUUCUUGAUUGUGUUUAUGUUUAGGGAGAUAGGGAAGUGAUUUGUAUUUUCUUUUUCUUUUGUUUAGUAGGGAAGUAAAAGGUUGCAAUAAAUAGCUGUUUUGUUUGUUAUUUUGGCCUUGUCGGCUCCUGAAGACAUACCCCCGCUUGUACACUAAUUUCCUAUUAAAAUAUUAUUCUUUCAGUUACCCCUGGUUUCUCGUUCCCAUUCAUGUUUCACCCUCACCCCUAGACGGGGUGUAACAUGAAAUUGGGGGCUUGUCCUCACCUACGAUCAUCGUUGUUUUUUUUCGCUUGUUGUUUGCCGGGGAUUUUCUGCUUUGUGUGGGAGGUGGUUAGGUUGAAUGAUGUUGUCGGGAUUUGAAUCGGAGAAAUUUGCGAUCGCACCCAUGCAUGAGCAAGUGCCGUAAGGAUGAUUUAUUGCUUAUUGCUGAUUUCUUUGAUAUCGCUGUUCCUUGUACUGCAGUUAAGAGGGGGAUUAAAGAGGUGUUGUGCACUGAGCUCGUAAAACAGAAGGUAUUGCCGGAAGCGGGUAUGGUUUCGGUUGUUGCUUCUCACCUUGAACUCUCUGAAGGUUUGGGUGCUGCCGAAGCGGAGCUCAAAUCUGAAGGUCAUUGGCAUAGAUCCCAUUCCCCUGUCUUUACCGGAUGAGAAGUUGUUGGCGGUCUGUCUGAAGGAAUUAGACCUGGAACUCUCACGCCAACAAUAUCAAUGUCAGCUGCUACAAAUCCGAGCACUUGAGCUUGAGACGCAGCGUGACGUUCAUCUGAAAGAGCUCGAGCUCCAGUUAAAGUUUGGCCAGCCCUCAGGUCCGUCUCCUGAUGAAAAGGGGAAUAUAAUUCCUGUGACAGUGAAUACAUCCUCUCCUCUCCCUGCUGUAUCGCAUAUGGCACUGGUAAGUCCUUCUGAUUUCGAUGGUGGCAAACAAAUCUCGUUAGUUCCGUCGUUCAGAGAAAGUGAAGUCGACACUUACUUUACUGUAUUUGAACGCAUCGCAACCACAAUACAGUGGCCUAGACAUAUUUGGCCUUUGCUUUUGCAGUGCAAACUGUUAGGAAAAGCACAGGAGGUGUGCUCUGCUCUAACGUCAGAACAAAGUUUGGAUUAUGACACGAUUAAAGCGGCAAUGUGGGUUGGUAUGAGUUAGUUCCAGAGGCUUAUCGUCAGAAAUUCAGAAAACAUAUAAAAAUCCCCAGUCAAACAUUUUGUUGAAUUUGCUCGUGAGAAGACUACUUUGUUUGAGAAGUGGUGUAAUGCUAGUAAAGUCACAACUUUUGAGCAGUUAAGAGUUAAUCUCAGUUGAGGAGUUUAAAAACUGUAUUUCAGAAAAAAUUGUUGUCUCUUUGAAUGAACAGAAAGUUUCAUUUCUUGCUGAUGUUGCUGUCUUUGCAGACGAGUUUGUGCUCACCCACAAAGCUUUUCCAUCACCCUGUUCCUUUUCACGCAAUGCAGUAGACCGUACUCAUAAUGUUAGGUGUGCACAAAAGGAUGAACAAUCACUUGACACCACUUUUGCAGCUCGUGAAUGUUUUUAUUGUCACGAAAAGGGACAUGUGCUUGCUGUUUGUCCAUCAUUGCAGCGUAAGAACUGGCGGAAAUCUCAGAACACGUCCAAGAGUGUAGCCUUUGUUUGUGUUCCUUCUUCUGAGACACUAAAGUCUGUUGACCAAACCUUUGAACCGUUUGUUUGUGAUGGUGCUGUUGCUUUGUCUGAUUCUGAGUUUAAACCUGUGCGUAUCUUGCAAGAUACGGGUGCCGCACAGACUUUCAUUUUAGAAAGUGCGUUAGCAUUUUCUUCUCAGUCCAGUUGUGGGUCUGAUGUGUUGGUUCAGGAUAUUGAGUUGGGGAUAGUGCGGGUUCCUUUACACAGCAUUUAUUUGCGUUCUGACAUUGUGACUGGCCUAGUCAAAGUCGCUGAACGUUCUAAAUUGCCGGUAAAAGGAAUUUCCCUUAUUCUUGGAAAUGAUCUAGCUGGAAGUAAAGUUACUGCUUUACCCGAGGUUACUGAUGUACCGUGUGCAGCUAGUGAAGAUGAUGUGUUGGUGCAGGAGUUUCCAAAUGUUUUCCAGUCUUGUGUUGUCACUCGUGCACAAGCCGAAAUGUCUCGUACAAAAUGGGAUCCGAAAUGUCUCAUACAAAGGCUGCUGUAGGAAAAGACUGUUCUUCAGGUGUGAUUGUUCAGCCUAGCUUUGACUUUCCUUUCAGUUAGCAACAAUUAGUUAGUGCUCAAAAAGAUGACCAAACACUGUGGACAUGUCAGUCCUCUGUGGUACAUAAGUCUGAUUUGCCUCGGUAUGCAAUUGCAUAUUUUCUAGAGGAUGGUGUACUCAUGCGUAAGUGGAGACCAGAGAAAAUAAAACAGGAUUGGAGUUCUGUAUUUCAGAUUGUUGUUCCAAAACUUACCGUGGGUAUGUAUUAAGUCUAGCCCAUGACCACAAACUUUCAGGACCCUAGGUCUUCGGAAAACCUACAAUAACCUCUUGAAGCAUUUCUUCUGGCCAAGAAUGAAGUCCUCUGUGUCACAGUAUUGCCGUUCGUGCCAUUCAUGUCAAAUUGCAGGGAAGCCUAAUCAGAUUGUGCCUCCAGCACCUUUAAAGCCAGUUCCAGUUUUAAAUGAACCGUUUGAAAAGCUAGUGAUCGACUGUGUAGGACCUUUGCCCAAGACUAAGUUGGGACAUAUAUAUUUGUUAACUAUGAUGUGCUCUGCCAUUAGAUUCCCAAAGCCAUCCCGUUACGUUCUCUGAAAUCCCCCAACAUUGUGAAGGCCCUUGUAAAAUUUUGCACCACUUUUGGUCUACCCAGGGUCAUUCAAUCUGACCAAGGUACAAAAUUUACUUCUCGAGUGUUCCGAAAAGCCAUGAACGAACUGAACAUUACUCACACUGUGUCUAGUCCAUAUCAUCCUCAAUCACAAGGUCCAAUUGAAGGAUUCCACCACACCUUAAAAACUAUGAUUCGUACUUAUUGUGUGGAACAUCAGAGGGAUUGGGAUGAGCAGGUACCACUUUUGUUGUUUGCAGUUCGUAACACCAUGCAAGAGUCUGUAGGUUUCAGUCCAGCUGAAUUAGUCUUCGGACAUUUCCUCCGUGGACCCUUAAAGUUGCUUCAAGAGCAUCUCCUUGCUGAUGUCCCCUCUUCUCAGUCUCCCACCCAUGUGUUGGAUCAUGUCAGUUCCUUUUGUGAAAGGUUGCAUUCCACUUGGAAGUUAGCUCGUCAGUCUUUAGCCUCUUCACAGUCCAAAAUGAAGGAUA